AUGGAGAAUUGGAAUGAUACACAAAUUUCAGAAUUUCUUCUUCAGGGGCUAUCAGAGGAACCAGAAUUGCAGCCCCUCAUAUUUGGGCUGUUCCUGUCCAUGUAUCUGAUCACUGUGUUCGGAAACCUGCUCAUCAUCCUGGCCAUCAUCUCAGAUCCCCACCUCCACACACCCAUGUACUUCUUCAUCUCCAACCUGUCCUUUGUGGACAUCUGUUUCACCUCCACCACCGUCCCAAAGAUGCUGCUAAACAUCCAGACAAAAAGCAAAGUCAUAACCUAUGCAGGCUGCAUCACCCAGAUGUACUUUUUCAUGCUUUUUGCAGCGUUAGAUGACCUUCUCCUGAGUGUGAUGGCCUAUGACCGGUUUGUGGCCAUCUGUCACCCCCUGCACUACACGGUCAUCAUGAACCGCCGGCUCUGUGCGUUGUUGGUUCUAAUGUCUGUCAUCAUCAGUGCAGUGCAAUCCUUGGUACAUACGUUAAUGGUGUUGCGGCUGUCCUUCUGCACAGACUUGGAAAUCCCCCACUUUUUCUGUGACCUUAAUCAGAUGGUCCACUGUGCCUGCUCUGACAGUUUUCUUAAUGAUGUGGUGAUAAUUUUUGCAUCUGUACUGCUGGGUGGUGGUCCCCUUGCUGGUAUUCUUUACUCUUACUCCAAAAUAGUUUCCUCCAUACGUCUAACCUUCGCCACUCAGGGGAAGUAUAAAGCAUUUUCCACCUGUGCAUCUCACCUCUCAGUUGUCUCCUUAUUUUAUGGAACAAGCCUAGGAGUGUACCUUAGUUCUGUUGCUACACACAACUCAUACUCAAGUGCUAUAGCCUCAGUGAUGUACACCGUGGUCACACCAAUGCUGAAUCCUUUUAUCUACAGUCUGAGGAAUAAAGACGUAAAGAGGGCUCUGAGGAUUUUCCUUGGGAGAGAAACUAGAAAAGGAUCAAUUGUCUGGAACAGAAAAAGUGUCCAUUGA